AAUAAACAAAUGCUGUUAAUUUAUCCCUCAUUUGCGCUACCAAGCUGAUGUUGGAUAGCUAAAACCGUAAAAUGGUUUGCUAAUGGAAACUGAAAUUUAGCCCGUUUGAUUUAGUGUUAUCGUAUAUUACUCAUGCCGAAUUCAUUAUGAAGCAUACAUAACGAAUAUUGUGUUCUUUUCUUUUAAUUUUUUUUAAGGCAAUGUCACUGUGUUUUACUACACAUUAAGUGAUUUGUGGAUACGUUUCAGUGCUAUUGGAUUGCAUGUUAAAUUGUACGCCUUUAUUGUGAAGUGCACUUCUCCUGUUUCCGUGUUAAGGUCCUGAGCUUGGAAACAACUGAGAGGAGCACUGCGGUGUUUCGGAGAAGCAUUGUUAGCAGAGCAGUUCGUCGCCAGACUCCUCGGACUUCUGUCGUUGCCCACUCGUUUUCCUCGACGGCUCCUCUCCUUUCCUGAUUUUUAUUUAUUCCCAUACACACCUCAAGGGACUCGCACAGAAAUAUAAUCACUAAAUGACAGCCUCUCUCCCCCGCAGAGACAGCUGGUGCGGUGAUAACAUCGGAUGCGGGUGGAGGGGGGGAUGCCCUUGACUUGGGAAGGAAGAGUUAGGAGAAGGGGAGCAUCAUCAUUUAAUGUAGUGACACUGUGUGAUCUUCAUUGGCAGGGGCGCCAGGGAUGCGUCGCAGGCUCUGCAAGUUGAUUUCAUCCCUGCCAGACGAGGAGCAGCAGCAGCAGCGUCCUGCUGAGACUGGAAAUGCUGUGCAUCUGCAGGGAGCCCUGGCCCUGGAGCUCCGCUGGUCAAGCUGAAGAGGCCUGAGCGGUCUCCACCUCCGGAUUAGAUGGUGGCAGAAGGCAAGUGUGCAUGACAAGAUAAACAAACCCAGAGGCUGUACUGCCUGCGCUGCAGAUAAGCAAAAGCUGUGAGUCUACUUUGAGUUUGGUUGUCAUAUUUGCUUUUUCUGGGCCUCUUUAGGCACCACAGACUCUAUUUGUGGGAGUAGAUGUACCUAUUAAUAAUAAAUGUAAUGGGCAGCAGCCCCUGAACUGUAAAUGUAGGCUUGAAACUGGGCUGGUUUAUUUUUCUAACCCCUAAAGAAAGGUGGGUUUGACUGAACAUAAUGGCUGACCACGAAGAAGCAGAGUUGUCUGAGUCGCUUCAGAAAGAGGACGGGUUCUCCAGUGAGCUAGAGGAACCAGUGGAAGAGAGCGCAGAAUUCAUCCAGCUCCCGGCCAAAACCGAGUCCUUCGAGGCAGAGUCCCCAACCAGGACAAACUACCUACCCAAGCCAGGGAAGUCGGCGCUCAACAGGCCGAGCUCGUACAUGGAGAACACGGAGAUCCGUAGGAGUAAAAACAUUGCAAGGAGGAAGCCCCCGGGGUUUUUUGCUUCCAGGCUAGCACAGAUUCGCCUGCCCAGUAGGAAGUACCUGGGCAUUAUCUUACAGGACUCGCGCUGCUUCCUUUUCUGCAUGUGCUACCUGACAUUCAUCCAGUCGCUCAUGGUGUCGGGCUACCUCAGCAGCGUCAUCACCACUAUAGAGAAGAGGUACAGCCUGAGGAGCUCUGAGUCAGGCCUCCUCGUCAGCUGUUUCGACAUCGGGAGCCUCCUGGUGGUCGUCUUCAUCAGCUACUUUGGCGGACGGGGUCAGAGGCCUCGCUGGCUGGCGGUAGGUGGGGUUUUCAUUGCCGUGGGUGCCGCCCUCUUCUCCUUACCUCACUUCAUCUCCCCGGCGUACCAGAUCAAGGAGGUCAACUCAUCUUCCGGCAAUGAGGGCCUGUGCAUGAACAGCAACGCCAGUGGCAGGGACCGCGUCGACAUCACUUCCUGUCCCAGAGACCAGGAGGGCAACGAGCACAACCUGUACGUGGCGCUGUUCAUCAUCGCUCAGAUCCUGGUAGGCAUGGGAUCCACGCCCAUCUACACGCUGGGACCCACCUACCUGGAUGACAACGUCAAGAAGGAGAACGCCUCACUGUAUCUAGCCAUCAUGUAUGUGAUGGGAGCACUGGGCCCAGCAGCGGGUUACCUGCUGGGAGGAGUCCUCAUUGGCUUUUAUGUGGACCCCAAGACUGUUGUCAACAUUGACCAGAGCGACCCCCGCUUCAUCGGCAACUGGUGGAGCGGGUUCCUGCUGUGUGCCGUGGCCAUGCUGCUGGUCAUCUUCCCCAUGUUCACCUUCCCCAAGAAGCUGCCGCCCCGACAUAAGAAGAAGAAGAGGAGGAAAAAGCUGAGCCUGGACGACCUGUCUAGUGACGACGACGUCCUCAAGGAGAAGACCAACAACAAGAACCAGACGGUCACCUCCUCCAUGGGCUUUGGCAAGGACAUUAAAGACCUGCCCAAAGCAGCAGUGAGGAUCCUCAGCAAUGUGACCUUCUUGUUCGUUAGCCUGUCCUACACGGCAGAAAGCGCCAUCGUCACCGCUUUCAUCACCUUCAUCCCCAAAUUCAUUGAGUCUCAGUUUGGCAUCCCGGCUUCCAAUGCCAGCAUCUACACCGGCGUAAUUAUCGUACCCAGUGCCGGCGUCGGCAUCGUCCUGGGCGGCUACAUCAUCAAGAAGCUGAAGCUGGGAGCUCGCGAGUCGGCCAAGCUGGCCAUGAUCUGCAGCGGAGUCUCACUGCUCUGCUUCUCCACACUGUUCAUCGUGGGCUGUGAGAGCAUCAACCUCGGAGGAAUCAACAUCCCCUACACCACCGGACCGACUCUCACCAUGACCCAGAGGAACCUGACAGGAGGUUGUAAUGUGAACUGCGGCUGUAAAAUCCACGAGUACGCUCCGGUCUGCGGCUCCGAUGGCAUUACAUACUUUAACCCCUGCUUGGCCGGCUGCAGCAGUGUGGCCAAUGAUAGCUCCGGGAUCCGUAACUACUCAGACUGCGCCUGCGUCCAGAGUCGGCAGGUCAUCACGCCGUCGUCCAGCGGUCAGGGCAGCAACCAACUCCAGCUGGUCAUUGUCAAGACCUAUCUGAACGAGAAUGGCUACGCCGUGUCAGGGAAGUGCGACCGCACCUGCAGCACCCUCAUCCCCUUCCUAAUCUUCCUCUUCAUCGUCACACUCAUCACUGCCUGUGCCCAGCCCUCCGCCAUCAUCGUCACCCUCAGGUCUGUAGCGGAGCAGGAGAGACCGUUCGCUCUGGGAAUGCAGUUUGUUCUCCUCAGGACUCUCGCCUACAUCCCGACACCCAUUUACUUUGGCGCCGUCAUCGACACCACCUGCAUGUUGUGGCAGCAGGACUGCGGCGUCCACGGCUCCUGCUGGGAGUACGACGUCACCUCCUUGCGCUUUGUCUACUUCGGCCUCGCAGCCAGCCUCAAGUUCCUCGGCUUCCUCUUCAUCUUCCUCACCUGGUACUCCAUCAAGUACAAGGAGGAGCGGGUGGAGCGCUGGCUCAAGCGCCACCUGUCGCCCGUCGACACCGUGGGCAGCCUCGUCUGCCACCCGGGUGGCCACAAGGGCCACGCCCGCACCCGCUCCUGCCCCGUCAACAUCCCACGAAGCGACCCCAACACACUGCCUGCUAACGCUCCGCCACGCGCCGGCGCCCUCAACCGUGGCGUCAGCACCCAGAGUUGCCCUGGCAACGAGCUAAAAGCAAUAACUCCAACCCCUCCAGGUGUGCCAUCACCCGCAGCGACAACCGCCCCCGCGCCGGCCCAGUCGCUGGAACAUGUUUCGGUGCGAGUCUGAGUUUUAGACACGGCGGGCGAUGAGGCAGGUCUCACUGACAUCUCUUUUAUUCUGAAAUCUAGCCAGUCGUCAGGUGGAGGUCCUGCUGUCAUCUCAAAACUCUUAUGGCUAGUAAAACGCUCAGAACAGCUUCUCAAUUUUGCCUGCACCACCAAAACCAUUAACUGGAGAGUCCGGAUUUAUUCUCAACCUCCAGAUGACAGGUGGGGUGAUGAAAAGUCGAACUCAUGUGGGGACCGCCCGGACCUGGAGACCCUUCUCUGACACCAGAAAUCUGCUUGGUUGGUGAAAAUGUUGAAAGCGGGCCAGGUGUUUUCUUUGUUACCCACCAGCCACUGCAGCAAGCGGACAAAGGCUUUGCUUCCCUCGCUCGGGACAGUGGAGAGUUCAUCGCUCAUAAACCCCAACUCCCUCCCCCCACCCACUCUCACACACACACACACACACACACACACACACACACACACACACACACACCCUCGGCAAUACGUGCCUUCUGUCACCACGGUCCUCACAUGUAUAUUACAUGUACAAACACACCCACACUGGACGUCUCUCAGACUGUGGUCACCCUGUAGGAACGAGACUGAUCUGAACAGAUACCUCAGCUUCACCGGUCCUCCCGCUUCCCCCCUUUCACUUCUCGUCUGUAUGCUUCUUCUUCAUUUGUGUUUUUUAUUUCUGCCCCCUCAUGUCAUUCAAUUUUUUUCUCCGGACACCGCAUAUCAGAAAAAAAAAAAAAAAAAAAAAACCCCUAUGGAAAUGUGAUACACUGCAAGUGUUAAGAACUGGAAACCGAUGGCAUGGUGCUAUGUAAAAAAAAAAAAAAAACAAUGUUUAGCGUCCAUUUUUUGUUAUAUUUGGUUUUUUUUUUGGUUUUUUUUUUGUCUUUUUUUUUAAGAGUUAAAACAUUUGAAAAGAACCCAAGUGGACAACAGGUCACUGGGCUAAGCAGCUUGGCAUGCACAGAAUGCAUUCCUGUCCGAUGCAAGGCCUUUUGUUGCUCCCCUGACACAAUGACACGUAGUAUUACUGCUGGAAGUCGGAUUGUUUGGCUUUUGCCAGCUACAUACAAUGCAUCCAUAUAUCCGAGCUGUUCCCUCACCCGCCCUCCUGACUGGCACCCUGAUAAGUGGUUUAACCUGAAAAGAACAGGAUCGGCAUUUUCCUCCUGACCACAUUCCUGGCUGGACGCGUCGCUGGGAUCCUCCACACGGCUGGAAGAAAAAAAAAAAAAACCAUGCUUGGAGAAGUCUUUUUGAGGUUGGACUUGGAAAGCGCACUGCCUGUAUUUGAAUGAAAGAUACAGCCAAUCAUGUACCAACAGCAACACCAACAUCUGUACUAAACAUGUAGGACGACAAGUAGUCGACCGUCAUGUAGAGGUCAUAGUGUAGUCGUCUGUUCUCCACAAAUGAAAGCUGCUGGUGAGUUUUGAGAAGAAUCCUGGAUAGAAAGUUAGUUUCUGGUCCCGCGUCCAGAUGUACUACCAAUGAUUUAUGGGUAAUGACCUUCUUGCCUGAAAGAAUAAGAUGUGCCGUUUUCUUCACCACAUGCCAGGCCAGACAAAGUGUGGAAAGUAAAAAGAAGGCAACAGUUUUCAAGUUUAUUAAAAUCACAGGGAAAGGCUACUGAUCACUGCAGCUAAUGAUUGUUUUUUUUUAAAUCUAUAAAUCUACUGAUUAUGCUUUAAAAUUAAACAGUUAAUUGUUUGAUUAAAAAAACAAAAAAAAAAAACAUUUUUUUUAAGUCAAAAACAGUGAAAAAUGCCCGUCACAAUUUCCCUGAGCCUGAGGUGACACCUUCAAAUGCAUUUUUUGUUCAGAGAAAAGCAGCAAUUCUUUGCAUUUGAGACACUGAAAGUGUUAAAUGUUUAGUGUUUUUGUUUGUUAAAUGAGUUUAAUAGAUUAUCAAAAAUGUUAUUGAUUAUGUUUAUGUCUGUUUACUUAUAUUUUUAAAACUAGAUUGCCCCCAGGCAAGUCAUUGUUUUGACAGUUUAGGCCGAGGAGUUGAAGAAAUUCUUGCUGCAGUCGUUUCACAAAGUCAUAACUGCACUAUAAAAAAACUCUGUCGUAUCAAGUCAUUUUUUGUCUGUUAUUGUUAGUCGUCUUAGAAACUAAUGAACAAACUUUUGACAGAACAAUCUCACCCCAAACUUCAUUUCGUUGUGCGUCCUGGAGCUUUCCAUCAUAUCAGAUGGUCUUCCUCAGCAGGUGAAUGCACAGUUGCCACAGAGGUGUCGACAUGGUUAAAAGUUCUAUUUUAUCCGAACUCUUAAAGGAUCCCACCACAAGAUACAUUUAGUAACUUGUGCUUAAGUGAUCAGAAAAAAGGACAUUUAAAUAAAACCAAUUCCAUGAGAACUGGGCAGCAUCUGUUGUUGAAGAUCAUGUGCUAUGAUCAAAAGCUCCACAACAGUCACUAAAUGGAGCCUGGAGGAGACAUUGUUUAGUCAGUUGCUGUUUCCGAUAAAUUAUAUUUGUGAAGUAAAAAAAAAAAAAAAAAACUAAGAAAAUUGUUGAUUUGUUGAAAUGAUCUCACCUUUGAGACUCAAUAACAGACAAAAACUUACUUAGAUGUUUUUUAAGCAGUGGAGAAACAUCACAUUAGAUAUGAAAACCAAAAUCCUUUAAUUUAGUCAAUUUUCAAUGAGUGUCUGACAUUUCAAAGAGGAAUAAUGAACCUAAAGAAAACAGGGAGAAAUUCCUUUUUAUUUUAUGUUUGAGUAGUUAAAAUUCAACCACAUUUAAAUCUUAUUCUAAAAUUAGUUGGUACAAUAGUGAAAGUUUGAUAUUUAGCGGACUAUGGAAACAAAGAAAUGAUAAUGUAAUAAUUAGAAUUUUAUAAGAAACUAAUAAUUGUGAAAUUGAAAUACCAAUAUUUUACUUUGAAAACCAUCUGUUUGAAUUUACGUGGUUUGAUUUUAUUUUUCUGGUUCACAAAAAAAAAGAAAAAAAAUGAGGUGUCUGGGGUUUCUUAUAGUCAAAUAGUUGAAUUUGUCUUUGUUGGAUCACAUGACUAACUGGCCCCAAUGUUCACGUUUGAAUUUUUUUGAAUGUUGAAUUGGGGCUUCUGAAUGUCACCAAUUUAUUCUGAGCAACCAGAUUUUUUGAAAGUUGAAUUUGCUUGAUUUUAUUAGAUUAGUGUCUUGAAUAUUCAACAUGUUGAUAUUUUUAGAAAUCCUUUUGUGUUUUUGAAACUGCUCCUCUUCAAAUAAUUAUACGGAACACAUAAAUUCAGACAAAUGAUUUUCAAAGUGAAAUAUUUCAGGGAUGUAAAUUAAUUAUUCACUAAUGAUUCACAGUCAAAUUAUCACUCAAUCACACGAGCCAAAUUUUGAUGGCGAUAGUUGAUUCCACUGUUUGAUUACUCUGUAAAAUGAGGUGACGUUUUAAAUGGUUGGGGUAACACAGUAUUCAUUUAAAGCAGUAUUACCACUCAUUUCCUAAAGAGCAGCCUCCUCGCUCACGAUGGUCCGUGUUACAGAAAUGUGAAUCAUCAUAUUUGUUACAGAUUUCCCGUUGCACUGUUUUUUUUUUUUGUUUUUGUUUUUUUUUUGUCUCUUUUCUUGUUUAUCCUGAAUCUUCAGACCUCAGUGAAGACAGUGUUCAGGUCUGUGGUGCUGCCUGUGGAGGUUCAGUGUAUACACAUGCAACAUGCAGUCGGGUUAGUCGCUGUCCUCUGAGGACACCUGCUGGUCACAUGUGGAACAGCAUGUAGAGAAACGAAGGCAAAACAAAAACACGAGAACAACCAAAACAGUUUGUUUAUCAGGAAAAAUCAAGUGUGGAUAGUGAGGUGUGUGUCUCAUGUAAUCAGUAUUUUUACAUUUGAGAGCAGUUUUCUUCACAUGUAGAGAAGCUGAACCAGUGAAAACUGGGUAAUAAAGUAAUCAUUCAGGUCCAGUAGAUCAACACUUAAACAUUUCCAAAAUCCUUUUUUUUUUUUCUCAAUUUAAAGUAGUUUUUAACCUGUUUAAUUUGCUGCAACCAAACAAAAAUAUGAUAAAACUUAAUUAAUCUUCCCUAUUUUGCAUUUCUAAGCAAAAUACAAAUAUUUAAUUAAUAGUUUAUAGCACAUUUAUAAGCAGGUGUAAGGACAGUAGUUUAGUAUUUGUAGUUUUCGUCAACAAUUGUAACUUCUCCUCUGAAGAUAUUUUAUAUUAGAGAAUAACUAAAAGCAUUUGAUGCCAUUGUUGAUAUCUGACAGUUUCAGCGAUACUGACCGACUCGCUCAAAAAGUAUAAAGAGGUUUUUAUGUCGGUACACAAAAGGAAAUAAAAACAACGCCUUGCUUGUCAUGCCGCUGUGACUCGAAAUCAAAAGGUCCAUUUACAUCUAUCCUAAUUUUAUGUACUAUUGCUUUUUAAUUUUACAUACAAUCGUAAAAUACAGUAAAUCUUUCUCGUUGCAGCAAGUUCAUUGUUUUUCAUAUUUGUGGGAUAAAUGAGUGUUUGAGGAUUUUGGAAAUGUCUUCAGAACAGCGUUGAGGUUUUUCAAUCAUAAUUUAGAGGUUAACUGUGGCUCACAUCUCUUUGGAAAUGUAAAAACAACGAUAACAUGAGAGACACAAACUGGAGCUGAUUUCUUUUCCUUUUUUUCUUUCUUUUUGAUGACUUUCAAGGCUCCAGUCAUAAAAUGAUAAAUAAAAAUCUAAAUUUUGGUGCACAGAUGUAUAUUAGAGCUCACGUUUUGUGCAAAAAGAUGAUUUUCUUUUUUUUUUUUUUUUUUUUUUUUUUUUGCAGUAUCUAGAUAAACUUUUAAGAUCGGGGAGGGGUUGGACAAUAAUGAUACACAGCAGUGAAGAAAAGUCUGAGGGACACAAAGAAACUACUUUUCAAUAAACAAUGACGGGGUGGGGUGGGGUGGGGGUUCGGGGGGGUGUAGUCGGGGAUCAUCGUACGCCUGAACAAAUAGCAGCGAAGAAGAAAACUUGACGCAUGGUUUCAGUACUCAACACAGUAGAGACAGUAGACUUAGAGUAGACACAUUAAACGACAUUCCAUUUUCAUGUAAAGCCAGAACAACAACAACAUACAAAUCACAACUAACUCCUAACUGUGUCGGUCCGUGUUGUGUUAGUGAAGCACCGAGAUAAAUAACUCAUCCACCUACUGUGCGUUCUGUUUCUCUGUGCCUACACUUCACAUUUUCAAAACUGCUGUUUCCGUUUGUUUACGUGAUGCGUAAACUGUUGAGCCGGUGUUGCCGUGUCAACCCAGAAACAAUGAGGAUGAAACGUUGAGGCCGUCUUUCCCAUCCCUUCUUUGUAAAUCUUAAAAAUGUAGAUCAGGGUUAUACUUGUUUUUCCUUUAAAAACAACAGCUGCUGUAACACUUUUGAUGAGUUCACUUUUUCUUAAAUUUGAUUUAGUGAAAAUACAGUUUUCUCUUGGGCGUAGUUUACUAAAAAUAACAGUAUUAAUAGUGUUGUUCUAUAUUUUUCUUUUUCUUUCUUCAACAAAUCCCAGUCCAAAAGAAACAGUUUGUAGUUUGUCUCUGACUUCUCUCCUCUGUCUGGCUCCAAACAUUCUCCUGCAGAUGUAAAUCUUUAAAAACAGUUCAAAAAUAUAUAGUUUCACUUAAAAAAAAAAAAAAAAAAAAGGCAAAUUUAUGUCCUAAAACAACUGGACACAAGUUUUUAACAAGCGAGUAAAAACUGCAUUUGUUGGGGACUACUUCCAGUGGUGGAUUAAUCCACAUCUGCUGUUUCAGUGAGUGUUUGGUGCGGCAGGCAGCAGCAGGUAUAAGAUGCAGGUGGUCUCAGCGUUUCGUCCUCAUGUUGUUGACUUUCUCUGACGUUUCUGUUGGUUUCCGUGCCGACACCAGCUCCAGGAUUUUACCGCAUCACUACCGUUUAUCCUCCUCUGCUCGUCUCACAUCCUCUUUUGGAGAGAAGGAGGCAGUUUACCUCCAUGUUGUCGUUUCAUGUAGUAAUGUGGCAUCAUUUCCAGACUGUGAUUACACACAAAGACUGAAUCUGUAUGAGCUCCUUCAGACAGAUGUAGGUUGGUUUACUAUCCUCUUUUUUUUCUUUUUUUUUAUUAUUACUAUUGUAUUUAUUUCAAAAGGACAGUGUUUUUGACUGAAAGACCACAAUAAAUAGAGGCAACAUGUAGAUUUGUGGACACAAUGUUUACAAAUGCCUUGGAUACUUGACUUUGGUCAAUAAAAAUGUGAAAAAAUAAUAAAACAGUAUUACAGAAA